AUGUCAGCGAAACCAAGGUACUUAACAGAUGCAGAAAGAGCCAAGGUGCUUGAAUUCCAAGAUAUGAUUCAUUACAGUCCUAGAUACAAUGAUGAUACACACGAAUAUAGACACGUAAUGUUGCCCAAAAAUAUGCUCAAGGUGAUACCACAAGACUAUUUCAAUCCUGAAACUGGGACAUUGAGAAUAUUACUUGAGGAAGAAUGGAGAGGAUUGGGUAUUACCCAAAGUUUAGGAUGGGUACAUUAUGAAACACACGCUCCGGAGCCUCAUAUAUUGUUAUUUAAAAGACCAAUCAACUACGGACAAUAG